GCGCCGAGCGCGGGAGCACCUGCGGGGGCUGCGGGGCCCUGCGCCGAGGGGCCGCGGGACGGUGGGGAGCGAGCGGCGCCCUCGGAAUCCAACCUCAUCUGGUGACAGGGACGGCGCACGGUGCGACGGUGCCCCCUGGGCUGGGCUGGCGGCUCUGCUCCGGGGCUCCUCCAGCUGGGCCCGCUGGGUCUGCGCCCCGGUGUCAGCGCCGGGUGACCCCAGGGCCUCGCUGCUAAUGACCGUUGCCCUGUGCCGCCGCGGCCCCUGCCCUCCCUGCCCUCGUGGAUGUUGGCCCAUCUCCAUGUGCCUGGCCAGAAGACAUCGGAGAUUCCUGGGAAGGGUAGGUGCAGACUCCCAGCUGCCACUUGGGCCAGCGCUCCCCAUGCCCAAUCCUCACAAUGGGAUUGUGAAGGCAAACACUUCUAGGGGCUUCGGAGCAGCUUGCACUCUGGAUGAUGGGGGACGACAGACUCUCUGAAAAACCCCAGCCCAUGGAAUUUCUCAACCUCUAUUUGGGAGACAACCUACAGCCAUGUCCAGAAGCACACCUGAAGGAAACGUGCAGCCUUCUCGACCCUCCCAAACCUGAACCUCUUCGGGAACAGACCUGGGCCUCGGAGCCUCCUGAUUGCAUGAGGCCAGAUGCUCCUCCCAGUGGUGCCAGCAUGGAGCCCCCGCACCUGGGGAGUGGCUCUUCCCAGGGCGGGGCCGGGCACAAAGCAGCACCCCCUGGGUCACCCAAGGAUAGCCAUCCCCUGGGGAGCCCAAGGCAGAGCCAGAGCACAUCCACCCAGGUGAUGUUCUGGGCAGGCAUUCUGCAGGCCCAGAUGUGUGUCCUGGACCUGGAGGAAGAGUUGGAGAAGACAGAGGGGCUCCGGGCUGAGCUGAGAUGCUGCCUCCCUGCAGCCCCUGUGGAACUCCCCCCUCUCCCCUCCAGCCCUGCUGGCCCCCGCAGCUCAGGCCUCCAUCCCAGCUCACCCUCGGUGGAGGCCCCAGGGGGAGACAGCAGUGACCCUGAAGGGGAGAACCAGAAUGCUGUGUGGCCCAGGAAGGGAAGGACAGACUCCUCCCCAGAGUGGGGUGCUGAGGAGGAGAGUGUGUUCUUUGACAAUCCCCUCUUUUUGGAGAGCCCUUGCUCGGACACGGGUGCUUCUGGAGCUCGCUUUUCCUGGGAGUUCUCAGACUCCUGCAUGGAUUUGAGAUCUGAGCCCCAGGGUCCCCAGACCCUGGAGCCUCCCCCCUCAGGAGGAGGGGUGCUGUGGGAACUGGACAGUGAGCCAGAUUUGGGGGAUGGCACAGCUGAUUCCAGUGGCCACACCACGCCUCCCUUCCCUGUGCCCACCUACAAACCUCACUCCUUCUCACAGACUGUGGUGGAUGAGGCCACCAAGGGGACCCUGGAAGCACCAGGGUGCUGGACAGAGAGUGAGACUUUGCUGGGAAGCAGUCUUAACUCCGCCCUAUCUGCAACAUCCUGUGUGGACAGAGCAUUGACCUGGGACACAGGACAAGUGGAAUCUGAUCCCAGCUCUGCCACACAUCGUGUGCCACCUUGGGCCCUGCCCAGCCCGGAAGGCUGGCAGACAGAAGAGGGCCCUUCCUGGGCCCAGGUGCCUCUUCUCUCCCAGGACCGAGGUGACAGUGAUGCUGAGUGUAUCCAGAAGUCUGCUCCAUACACCUUGGCUCCGGGCCCCUGGGGGAGCACAGCCUCUUUGACAGAGCCUAGCAGUCCCGAGUCUGAGGGCAGAGGCCCUGGCCCCAGGCCCAGCCCUGUGUCCUCCCAAGAAGGCAGCCCACAGCACCAGGACCACCACUUGGGCAGCAGUUUCCCCGGGUGCAUACUAGAUGCUUCAUGCCCUUCACUCUUGGAGCCAGAUGGCACAGAACCAAGUUUUCUGGAGAGAGAAGAGGCAGGAGAGGCCCCACACCCCAGGGAAGAAGUAAGGAGUGAAGGUCCAGCCAGGACUGCAGAGGCUGGAGCCUUCCAGCCUGGCACUUGCUUGACUUCUACAGAAGGGCUUCCUGAGAGCCCCAUGCCCCAAGCACAGUCCCUGGAGGAAGGCCAAAGGCCACAGGCUGGAGACAAGCUGGCUAAUGGUGUCAGCCCCGACAAGGUGGCCUGGAACUUGGCCUCUCGCCUCUAUCACCUGGAAGGCUUCCGGAAGUCUGAAGUGGCUGCCUACCUGCAGAAGAACAAUGACUUCAGUAGGGCUGUGGCUGAGGAAUACUUGUCCUUCUUCCAAUUUGGAGGCCAGAGUCUGGACCGAGCCCUCAGGGGCUUCCUCCAGGCCCUGGUGCUCAGUGGGGAGACACAGGAGCGAGAGCGAGUCCUCUACCAGUUCUCCAAACGCUUCCAUCACUGCAAUCCUGGGACCUUCUCCUCCGCAGAUUCUGUACACACCUUGACCUGUGCCAUCAUGCUCCUUAACACGGACCUGCAUGGACAGAACAUUGGGAAGAGCAUGAGUUGCCAGGAAUUCAUAACCAACCUGAAUGGCCUGCGAGAUGGCGGGAACUUCCCCAAGGAGUUGCUGAAGGCCCUCUACUGGUCUAUCCGAAGUGAGAAGCUUGAAUGGGCCGUGGACGAAGACAACGCAGGCAGACCAGAAAAGGCCCAGCUGUCUCUCCCCUCUGGCAAGAUGAGCAACCCCUUCCUCCAGCUGGCCCAGAACCCCACGGCGCCCACCUACAAGCAGGGCAUCCUGGCUCGGAAGAUGCAUCACGAUGCGGAUGGCAAGAAGACACCGUGGGGUAAGCGUGGCUGGAAGAUGUUCCACACCUUGCUUCGAGGGAUGGUCCUCUACUUCCUGAAGGGAGAGGACCACUGCCAGAGUGGUCAGAGUUUGGUGGGACAGAUGGUGGACGAGCCGGUGGGAGUGCACCACUCACUGGCCACCCCGGCCACCCAUUACACCAAGAAGCCGCACGUCUUCCAGCUGCGGACUGCCGACUGGCGCCUCUACCUCUUCCAGGCACCCACCGCGAAGGAGAUGAGUUCCUGGAUCGCGCGCAUCAACCUGGCGGCCGCCACGCACUCGGCGCCGCCCUUCCCUGCCGCCGUGGGCUCCCAGCGCAGAUUCGUCCGGCCCAUCCUGCCUGUGGGCCCCGCCCAGAGCACGCUGGAGGAGCAGCACCGAUCCCACGAGAACUGCCUGGACGCUGCCUCCGACGACCUGCUCGACCUGCAGCGGAACCUCCCGGAGAGGCGGGGCCGCGGCCGCGAGCUGGAGGAGUACCGCUUGCGGAAGGAGUACCUGGAGUAUGAGAAAACCCGCUACGAGACCUAUGUGCAGCUGCUGGUGGCCCGUCUCCACUGCUCCUCAGAUGACCUGGACCUGUGGGAAGAGCACCUGGGGAGGGAAGCCGGAGGCACUCAGGAGCCCAAGCCCAGCCUGAAGAAGUCCCACUCCAGCCCGUCGCUACACCAGGAGGAGGCCCCCACCACUGCCAAGGUGAAGCGCAACAUCUCAGAGCGCAGAACUUACCGGAAGAUCAUACCCAAGAGGAACCGCAAUCAGCUGUGAGGCUGGUGCUACCUCACAGACUCUGACCACGUGUCCGGGGUGGACCUGAGAUGAGACCCCACGGAGGAGCCUCAUUUCAGUGGGUCCCUGAUGGGGGAUGAGGCCCUUCCCCUUUCCACUGAAGGACAACCCUGAUUUCUCUGUGAUCCUCCCUCCCUGUUCACUGGAACUUUCCUAGUACUCUGUGCCCACCCCCAGGUUGGCCCCCAGCUGCCCCAGUCCCUGCUCACUCUCAGGGGAGGAUGGAUAAGAGUUUGGCUGUACUCCUGGGGGCAGCUCAGCACUCAUUUGAAAUUCAGAGUACUCCUGGGUUCUGAGCUUCCAGAAGGGAGGCUGAGGCAGCGGAAGCCUCUGGGCAGUCAAACCAGUGGAGCCAUAGCCCUGAGGGUGGUCUUGUGCUGGGAGUCUGGUGACCUGUGGUGAGAGGUCCUGGGAGACCCCAGCCAUCCUCAGGUGACAGCAGGGUGGCUCAGCCCUGCCCCCUGACAGGUAGGCCUUGGGAGGGCAGGGUUUCAAGAACAAAUUCAGUGAGGCUGAUUCUUGGGCCCCGGGCCUUUGUGUACAAUCAUCCAUGCACCAGGGGCAAAUGAAGGAGGCCCCACCUCACACACCCAAUUGCUAAUCAUCAGAGCAGAGCCGUUGGUGGUCGGUGAGGGCCAGAAGGGGUUGGAGCCUCCAGAGCUCUGUGGAGAGCCCUGGGAACAAGGGGCCUUUGUUUCUCCAGAGCAGGGAAGGAGGUCCUCCAGGUUCAGACCCUAGGAGAGGGCUGAGGGGCAAGAUGUGACACAUCCCCCGGGGGGCUCUCUUGGAAGGAGCUGAGAGCUGUGAAGGCCAGAUAGAAGCCUGGCUCCCUUCCACACACCCCAUCCCAUAAAGUUGCAUUCCCAAGAGGGGUGCCAGGGCCACUUCCAGAACCCUCCCCCCACCAGCUCACAGGGGGCUUUGCUCCCCUCCCUGGGAAGUCCCCUUGUGCUGCCCUCUGACUGCCUCCCAGCUGGGCUCUGGGGGAGGUUCCGGACACUCAUGGACCUCAGACUCUGCCUGUGGGAAGGAGGCUGGGUUGGAGGAGCAGCCACCAUUGUCUCUGUUCAGCCAAGUGUGCGAGCAGGCUGCCCGCCAAGAGGGGCCUCUGCUGCCUGUCUGCCGCCUGCUGGCUGACGCAUUGCCUCUCUGGCCUUCCUGCUAGAGGGUGGGGGGCCUCCUCCCUCUGUGUUUGUAACCAGCCCCGUGGCCUGGAACUCCACCAACUGGGGCUGACCCUCCGAGACCAUAAGAGGUGUCUGGCCAGGGCCUGGGGCCGGGCCAGGUACUCAGUGAGUGCACAAUAAAUGCAGGCAAGUGAAGAAGGAGGUGUGCACAAAUGUGUGAGGAAGGGAGGGUCAGGCUGUUCUGAGCAGCUGGAGCCACCUGCAGGGUGCCAGGCUGAGUCUCCCUUCACCUAGGUGUGUCUGUACCUCUGCGUGUCUGUAUGUGCGUGUCUAGGUCUGUGUGCAUGUGUGGAAGACUGUGAGCCAGAGGGGACCUCAGAAUCAUUUGUUCAUCCACUCAUUCAUUUCAUAAAUAAUAUUGACCACUUUUUAUGGGCCAGUACAGGAAUUUCCAAAAUGACUGGAACAUGUCUCUGGCCUCUGGGAGGUAACAGUCCUGUUCUCUGGUCCUUGCUAUCAGUAUAGAAGCACACUUGAUCUUGCUGGGGAGGCAUGCUGAGGAUGCAUUCCCAUCCUCAGGAACAAAUCCCACGCUAAGGGAUUCAGAUUCAGUAGGUCUGGGUUGAGGGCAUGAUUAUGUUUUUGUUUUUGUUUUUGUUUUAAAGCGGCUUGGGUCACUGAUGUGCAGUUAAUAGGUGAAAACCGAGCAUCAGGUGGAUGAGACUUGCCCCAGGACUGACACAAGCUUGGCCUUGAGUGGGUUAUUUGACCUCACUGAACGCAUAUCCUUAUUUCUAAAACCAGAAUAAAAAAGGCAGAGGUUUAUCCACA